UGACUCGGGGCGGAGAUCGUUGUUCCUGCGACUCGCCAAGCUGAGCCAUCCCUGUCGCCGUGUCCCUUCGAGAGCCUCAAAGAGUUCGGGCGCGUCACAAAGAUAUUCAUCAUUCACGUUCACCGGCCACGACCUUCACCAACUUGGCGUGGCCGGCCCAGCCCUCUCUACAAUAGCAACUGUCGCACCUAAGCUCAACCCUCAUCCAUGACCCCGUCACCUCACUCCUGUGCCUUCCUCUUUGCAUUACACCGACUUCUCCUGUCCAACACGCACGCUUGAUACACCACCUGGCAGUAUGGCUACCCGGAGACAGCGGGCCAACUCGCCUGAAUUCCCCAUACUCGAGGCCAAUGCCCUGUAUGCCAGCCAGAUCCGUGGCGAUGGCAACUGCCUCUUCAACGCCCUGUCUGACCAGCUCUACGGCAACCAAGAUAUGCACGAGGUGCUGCGCACCACCACCAUAGAGCACAUGAAGGAUAGUGCAGACUUCUACCGCCAGUACAUGGCUUGCAACACCGUGCGAAGAAACCCCAAGCGCAAGACUGCAGCAGCUGCCGCCAACCGCCUCGAUACCACACGCUACACCGAAGAGCAGCUGCAACAGCAGUUUGAAGAGCACGUCGAGAAGAUGGGCCAGCCCGGCGAGUGGGCCGACAACAUGGAAGUCUCAGCAUUUGCCUCCGCCCUCAACGUCAAUGUCCGCCUCUGGCAGGCUGACUACACCUACCUCUUCUCGCCCCGCACAUGCUACACGUUGAACGAGGAUCUGGCUGCUGAGGACACCCGCCAGACACUUCACAUUGCCUAUCACACUUGGGAGCAUUACUCUUCCGUCCGCAACAUCGCCGGACCUCACAGUGGCCCCCCUGACGUCAACAUCGUACCCCAGGUCAUCUCCAAGAAGCGGCCUAGUCCUAGUGUCGACGGUGACGAUGAUGACCAGCGCCGCCGCUCACGAAAGCGUCGCUCGCCCCUGCCGCUCUUCGACUCCGACUCUACACCAGAGGGCACCGAGAGCUCGUCAGAUGAAUCAAACGGAUUCGCGGCGUCGCAGCGGUCCAACACUGAGAUUCCUCAACCAGAGCCCGUGAAGCCAGUUAGGCUCACCAUCAAGCUCCGCGGUCUUCGCACCUCAGAUACUUCCUCCCCUGCUCCAUCCUGCACCACAUCUCGUGCGCCUACGCCCGCACCACCUCCCACACAAACCCCAUCAGAGCCCAAGAAGACGGCUCACGCAGCACCCGAGAGUGUUGCCGUGGCAGAGACCACACCCGCCGCUACCGCCUAGUAGGCUUGGUAGUAUGAUGGCCUUACGACGACGGACACCGAUUCACGG